GAGCUGUGUUGACUAAAAUAAGUUUUUCUUCUGUUCUCAGAUUGUGUGUUGGAAGAUGGCUUGGUGCAUCCCCAGAGGCCUGGGGAUAGUAGCUGUGAUGGUGAUUCUAGUGGUGUGGAGCACUCCGGUGACUGAGGGUGGAGACACUCCAAGGACUGCAGUGUACCAGGGGAAGGGCCUGUGCUACUACACCAACGGGACGCAGCGGGUGCGGUACGUGGUCAGAUACAUCUACAACCGCGAGGAGUACGUGCGCUUCGACAGCGACCUGGGGCUUCACGUGGCGGUGACCGAGUACGGGCGGCCGGACGCCGAGCUCUGGAACUCACAGAAGGACUUCCUGGAGCAGAAGCGGGCCGAGGUGGACAGGGUGUGCAAACACAACUAUGAGAUGGACGCCCCCUUGGCCUUGAGCCAGCGAGCGAAACCUAAAGUGACCGUCUACCCAAGCAAGACAGACGCUUUAAACCACCACAACCUGCUGAUGUGUUUGGUGACAGAUUUCUACCCAGGCCAAGUGAACGUUCGGUGGUUCCGGAAUGAACAGGAGGAGACAGCUGGCGUUGUAUCCACCCCACUUAUUAGGAAUGGGGACUGGAGCUUCCAGAUCAUAGUGAUGCUGGAAAUGACUCCCCAGCGUGGAGAUGUCUACACCUGCCAAGUGGAGCACCCCGUGCUCGAGACCCCCAUCACCGUGGAGUGGCGAGCCCAGUCUGAUUCUGCCCGGAACAAGAUGCUGAGUGGCAUUGGAGGAUUUGUGUUGGGGUUGAUAUUCCUUGGAUUGGGCCUCUUCAUCCAUUACAAGAACAAGAAAGGACCUCAUGGGCCUUUGCCAACAGGGCUCCUGCACUGACUUCUGAUGAUCUCCUGAAGAUCUUUGAUGGAUACUUCUUUCUCCUCUUCUGUAAUACCUGCCUGCAACUGCCCAUAAUUCCCAGUUGCCUGCAAGUUUCUGUCUCUGAGAUUGGAAUCCUCUGACUCUGAGACAGUCAUUAGAUCACUUUCUGUAAUCACUAGUUGGAGAACCUGGCUGUGAAGUUUCAUCCUGCACUGACCCCAGAGCCUAUUUGUGCUGCAGCUAUGAAGACAAGGGCUUUUUUUUUCCCAUUGUGUGUCCAUUUGCUGUUCAAGUGAAGCACAUGAAACCAUAUAUCUGGCUAUAGAGAUUUAAUAGAAUUAAACACAAUUAU